CCUCUGACGCCAUGCCCUGCGCUGUGAUUGGUCGACUGGCCGCCGCGCUGCUGCUGCUGGGGCUGGUUGCCAUGGCGGCGCCCGCGGAGCAGUGCCUCUCCAAGCUGCACGUCAACGCCAUCGUCAACGUGCGUGUGGCGCUCUCCGCCAAGAGCACCGUCAUGGACUCCUGCAUCACACCCAGCCAGCAGGCCUGCCUGCACAAGUGCUGCGCCAAGGACCUGGUGCCAGGCUUCCAGUGCAACAUGGUGGUGUAUCAGCUCAAUAAGCCUCUUGGAAGCGACAACUGCUAUUUAUUUCACUGUGAGAGGGAGGAGGACUGCCCUCUGGUCGCCAUGGACGGGGUCAACAGCCAUUUCAUAUUCACAGGUUUGGACCAGUACAACCCCAGCAACUCAAUGCUGAUAUCGCCCUUAACGACUGCUUUAGCUCAGAUCCCCACUACUAUGACAACAGCCACUGCCACAACCACACAGGCAACAACUGUGGCCUCCACUACUCCCCCAAGCACCACCAGCACGAUGCCACAGACCACCUCUACAACAUCUACAACAUCUACAACAUCUACUACAACUACUACAACUACUACAACAACUACUACUACAACUACGCAACCUACUAGCACCACAACUACCACCUCCGUGCCACAUCCUACUACGAGUACCACACAACCAACCACAAACAUUGCAACACAGACAACUUCCACGACACAGCCAACUACGUCUGCUACACAAACAACAGCGACUGCAGCAGCCCCAACCACCACGCCAACGACCUUGAGUACCACAAAACCAGCCACAACACCAGCAACUGCAGCCGUAGCCUUGGCUGUCUCUGCCGGCUCCCGCAGUCCCGCUGGAGUGCAGACUGUCCCAUCCACCUCCACACACGCAGAGGACAUGGCCACUGCUACACCCAAAGCCACAACCACAACCCCAGCCGUCCGCAUGACGACCACCACAGCCACAACAACCAGAGCGGCAGCCCACCAGGCCACUCCUGCCCCAGGCACUGCCAAGCUAAACAGCCCCACCAAAAAGCAGAACAGACACAGGAACCCCUCCUCCAAGCCUGCUCGCCACGGCGGGAAGCAACUUCCUGCCUUUACAACCACCACGAGAUCAACCACCACGAGAUCAACCACCACGACCACAGAACCCACUACGAGCAGCACAACGUCAACCACAACGACCGCAGAACCCACUACGAGCAGCACAAAGUCGACCACAACGACCGCACCAUCGACUACGACCACCACAAAAUCAACCACGACCACCACACCGUCGACUAUGAGCAGCACUGCAACCACCGCAGAACCAACUACAACUAGAACAGAACCCGCUACGUCGGCCGCAAAACCCGCUGCGUCAACCGCAAAACCGCCGACCAAGAAGCCACACCCCACCCCCAGGCGAGGGGUGGCCCCGCACGGCUCCCCCACGAGAAGACCCCCCGCCACACCGAGACCGUUAACCACCACGGCAAACCUGGCAACCUCUGCCCCUCUAACUGCCGCGUCAGCGGGGACGCUAAAGAGCCCCCCGGCGCCUCCCGCCCCCACGGCACCGCCCCCAGGAAGGAAAGCAGCGCCCCCUGCUGGUUCCCCGGCCUACGGCCAGAGUGCGGGCGCCACUUUCGGGAGAGCGGUAGACCCCAAAGGAGUUCUGAAGACCAGUCUGGCGGCCGCCGUGGUGGUCGGGCUGGUGUUUUUGACGCUGGCUGUCACCCUGCUGGGGAAGAAGGCGUUGGAGUCGUUCAACCGGAGACACUACACACGCCUGGAGCUCAACGACCUUCAGUACGACGUGUAGCCCUCCCCCCGCACCCCAACGCACUGCUCAAGCAAGCCGGGCCAGAACCUCUGCAAACACGCUUUUAUAACGUAGAUUAAGUCUCUUGUGUUUCUCAGCCAUGUUUCGUUGGUAAGCUGAUCGGAGGGGGCCGGCUGUCUCAUUCUGAGCUAUCCCAGCAUCCUUUGCAGGAGGUUUUUCUUUGCGGGAAAAUGAUUUUGGAGGCCCUGAGUGACGUCAUCAGCAAUACCUCUAUUCCUCAAACUCAGGAACCUUUCCAAUCUGGUGAACAGAAGAAUUUACAUUUUUACUAAGUUGAGUGAGAUCCUCUACUUAAUUAUUCACCUUGUCAUAAAAUAACGAUUCUCUAAAACUCUGUAGUGUAUACUAUCACGUAGUUUGAGCCCAUGUGGAACUGUUUCUGCAUGUAAAUAUGUGUAUGAGUAUUUCAGCACUACGGUGUGUGGCAUCUCAUUCAUGUUUGUUUCUCGUUUUUUCAUCCUUCCAUCGUGGUUUCACGAGUAACGGAAACGUGCGAGGGUAGCCCGGACGGAAAUGCUAGAACAUCGUAAGCCUUGUUCAAGUUUUGAUACACAAAUUUUGUAGUUUUUAAAUUAUACUUUAUACAUUUUAUCUCAGACACUUGUCUCACAAAAAUGGCUUUAAUCGGUAGAUUCCACUGACGGCGCACUAUAUUGAUGAUCACAUUAGCGUGUGUGCCUAAGAGUAGGAGGAUGUAAAAAUGUUUGCCUACAAGUAGGCUGAUAAAAAUAGUUGGCCUCAAUUAGAUGUGAUAUAUUUAUUGACCACAGGGUGGCAGCACCUAAGCAGUGAUUUCGCGCUGUGCCGCAUACUGACUCUUGAUAAUCGCAUUGUCGAGCCUCACUAUGGAGCUACUAAACUGAAUAUAAUUGCACAGAUUAUGUAAGAUGUUUUGAUACACUUCCGUCAAUGUGAUGUUUAUUACAUGUACCGUGUUUUUAUUUAAUUCUCUGAUGAUAGCAGUGCGUAGAUGUCACAGGUGUUGUGUAGUUCCUGUCAGGUAGUGGUUUAUGACUGUAGAUCAAUUUUAAGUGAAAAGAUCU